AUGGAAACAAAUGUCAGGAAAAAGAAUGUGAACAAAACCAGUAACAAUCUGCCAAGUGCUCGAGAUAGCCCUGCUAGUGACUUUAGCAUCUUGCCUUCAGGCCAAGUUUUACCAUCUAAUGUGUCAAAUCUUCUGAAAAUUUUGCCUGAAGUAGAAGUUGGACCCCCAAAAAGGCGACCAGGCACUGUAAUAAUAUCAAAUCAUUCAGAUUCUUCAAACAUGUCUCAAAUACCUCUGAAUUGCCCUGUCAUCCCAUCAAGAAGACCUUGCUUCAGGGUAUGCUACAUUUGUGGCAGAGAAUUUGGGUCACGGUCUAUUUCUAUACAUGCACAGUGCCUAGAGAAGUGGUGUAUUGAAAACAAUCAGCUACCAAGGCAUCUCAGAAGGCUAGAGCCCAGGAGACCUGAGGUCCUUGGUGAUGAUUCCUGUAUGUUCAUGAGGCUAAAUGAGGCAGCUUAUCAGAGUGCUCAAGCCCAGCUUCUGCCCUGUGGAAACUGUGGCUGAACCUUCCUUCGUGGCAGUCUCAUCAUGCACCAAAGGAGUUGCAGAGGAGGCAGCAUUGGCAUGGGCCUGUCAAAAUCUAGACUCCAUCAGUCUGGUAAAGGCCCAAGCUCUGAGUCUGGCUCAGCAAGUGAUGCUCCAUCUAAGACCCGUCAAGGAAAGGGGGGCUGCACCAGCCGUAUCAGACAAGAGCUUAGAAAGAAACAUAGACUGCCUUUGAAAGACUUUGUAUCUGGACCCAGAAGAGCCCUCUCUCCAAAUCAGACAAGAUCUAGCUUAAAAGCUGAAGCACCAGUGAUAAGACAGCCACCAACAUUGAUUUGUUAUGUAUGUGGCUGUGAGUACGGAACAAAAUCUAUUAGUAUCCAUGAGCCACAAUGCCUGAAAAAAUGGCACCGGGAGAAUGACAUGCUACCCAAGCAUUUGAGAAGGCCAGAGCCCAAAAAGCCUGUAGUCAGUUCCAUAAAAGCCAAAGGUUUCUAUGAUCUUGAUUCUUUAAAAGAGGCUACCUGGACCAGCGCCCAGAACCAGCUAGUUCCAUGUGAUAUUUGUGGGCGUACUUUCCUUCCGGACACACUGAUCGUCCACCAGCGGUCCUGUAAACUGAAAUCUGCAACGUGA